AUGAUUACUAAAAUCUUUUCAAUAUUUUUACUUUUCAGUUUAGUAAUUGCUGCUGAUAAAAAUUAUAAUAGACCUCAAUUCCAUUUAACACCUGAAAAAGGUUGGAUGAAUGAUCCAAAUGGUCUUUGGUAUGAUCAAAAGGAUAAAAUAUGGCAUGCUUAUUAUCAACACAAUCCAAAUUCAACCGUGUUUGCAUCACCAAUAAGUUGGGGUCAUUCUACAUCAAAAGAUUUAAUUAAAUGGGAUUAUCAUGGUGUUGCUGUUAAAGCUGAUAAUAAAGAUGAAGAUAUCUUUUCAGGUUCAAUUGUUAUUGAUAAGAAUAAUACCUCGGGGUUUUUCAAUGAUGAUGUUGAUCCUGAACAAAGAGUUGUUAUGGUUUAUACUAGUAAUUUCCCUGGUGCUCAAACCCAAGCUAUUGGAUAUUCAACUGAUGGUGGGUAUACUUUUAUUAAAUAUGAUGGGAAUCCUGUGAUUAAUACUCAUUCUUCAUCACAAAGAGAUCCUAAAAUGUUUUGGCAUGAAGAAUCUGAAAAAUGGAUUAUGGUUGUUGUUGAUGCACAAGUUUAUAAUUAUCAAAUUUAUUCUUCAUCUGAUUUGAAAAAAUGGGAACAAGUUUCAACUUUCCAAAAAAAAGGUUACUUGGGUGGUCAAUAUGAAUGUCCUGGUUUGAUUAAAGUUCCAAUUGAAAAUCCUGAUGAUGGUCAACCAGAUUAUAAAUGGGUAUUAUAUCUUUCAAUAAAUCCAGGUUCUCCAAUUGGUGGUUCUGCAGUUGAAUAUUUUAUUGGUGAUUUUGAUGGUGAAACUUUCACACCUGAUGAUGGUGCUAGUAGAUUUAUGGAUUUUGGUAAAGAUUUUUAUGCUUUACAAACUUUUGAUAACACUAGAGAUGAAGAUGGAGUUGUUGGUUUAGCUUGGGCUUCGAAUUGGCAAUAUUCAAGUUAUGUACCAACUGAUGGUUGGAGAUCUUCAACUUCAAUGGUUAGAAGAUUUACUUUGAGAAAUGUUAAAUUAAAUCCUUCUGAAACUGGUUUAAAUUUAAUUCAAACACCUGUUUGGGAAACUGAAGAUACUUUAGAUGAUGGAUCUUUGAAAAAUUGGUAUAUGAUUAAUGAAUAUGAUGUUGAAGAUACAAUUUUAAAUAAAUGGUCCAAAGUUGAAACUGAUUUUAAUAGUGAAACUAAUUCAUCUGGUGUUUUGGAAUUUAAUUUAACUUUUGCUAUAACUGAUUUUUCUGCUGGUUUACAAGAUGGUCCUCAUACUUUAGCUGUUAAUAUUCUUUCACAAGAAGUUGAUGGUUCAAAAGAUAAAUUCCAAUUAGUUUUUGAUUUAUUAGGAAGAUCUUGGUAUUUAGAUCGUGGUAACGGGAAUGCAUUUCAAAGAGAUACACCAGUUUUCGAUGAAAGAUUAUCAUUUUAUCAUGAAUCACAACAAACUGGUGAUAAAGGUCCACUUUAUAACAUUUAUGGUAUUGUUGAUAGAAAUGUUUUGGAAUUAUUUGUUGAAUAUGGUCAAUAUGCUUUAACUAAUACUUUUUUCUUUGAUAAUGGAAGAAUUCCAACUUCAAUUGAAGUGGUUUCAAAUUAUGAACAAUCUUUCGCAACAAUUCAAUCUUUUGUUGCUAGAGAAUUGGCAUUGAAAUGA